GUCUUCAGCAGUUGUUCAAAUAUAUGCAGCAGAUCGCAAUGCCAUGUGGUCGAAGAAGUGCUGUGGCGUAGCUUGCCUUGUGAAGGACAAUCCGCAGAGGUCGUAUUUUAUCAGAAUAUUUGACAUUAAGGAUGGGAAAUUAUUGUGGGAGCAGGAGCUGUACAAUAACUUUGUAUAUAAUAGUCCUAGAGGAUAUUUUCAUACCUUUGCUGGAGAUACUUGUCAAGUUGGUCUUAAUUUUGCUAAUGAAGAAGAAGCUAAACUAUUCCGCAAAACAGUAACAGAUUUACUUGGACGACGGCAGAGAAAAUCUGAAAAAAGACGAGACCCACCAAAUGGCCCAAAUCUACCAAUGGCAACUGUUGAUAUCAAAAACCCAGAAAUUACAACUAACAGAUUUUAUACUCCACAAGUCAACAAUAUUUCAUAUACCAAAGAAAAGAAGAAAGGAAAAACUAAAAAGAGAAGAUUGACAAAGGCAGAUAUUGGAACACCAUCUAAUUUUCAACACAUUGGACAUGUUGGUUGGGAUCCAAACACAGGUUUUGAUGUGAACAACUUAGACCCAGAACUGAAAAAUCUGUUUGAUCUAUGUGGAAUUUCAGAGGCUCAACUAAAAGACAAAGAAACUUCAAAGGUCAUAUAUGAUUUCAUUGAAAAAACAGGAGGUGUGGAAGCUGUUAAAAAUGAACUGCGCAGACAAGCUCCACCUCCGCCACCACCGUGCAGAGGAGGACCCCCUCCACCUCCACCACCACCUCCCCAUAGCUCCGGCCCUCCUCCUCCCCCUGCCAGGGGCAGAGGGGCACCACCUCCACCUCCUUCAAGAGCUCCCACGGCAGCACCUCCACCUCCGCCUCCAUCUAGACCUGGUGCCACAGUGCCCCCACCUCCUCCAAACCGGAUGUAUCCUCCACCACCGCCAGUGCAUUCAUCAUCUGCACCCUCUGGCCCUCCUCCUCCACCACCGCCACCAGCAAGUGGGUCAUCUGCUCCUCCACCCCCUCCACCUCCUCCUCCCCCUCCCGGCCCUCCACCACCACCAGGCCUUCCUUCAGAGGUUGAUCACCAGCUUCCAGUUCCUGCGGGAAACAAAGCAGCACUCUUGGAUCAAAUCAGAGAAGGAGCUCAGUUAAAGAAGGUAGAACAGAACAGUCGACCAGUGUCCUGCUCAGGAAGAGAUGCACUGCUAGACCAGAUACGACAGGGUAUACAGCUGAAAUCUGUAUCUGAUGGUCAGGAGAGUGCACCACCUACACCUGCACCCACCUCAGGAAUUGUGGGUGCAUUAAUGGAAGUUAUGCAGAAAAGGAGCAAAGCCAUUCAUUCUUCAGAUGAAGAUGAGGAUGAAGAUGAUGAAGAAGACUUUGAGGAUGAUGACGAAUGGGAUGAUUGAUCAUAUAUUAUUAUAUAUAUAUUUUUUAAGGUGAAUGAUAUACUAAACACUACUUUCUGUCUAUGGAUUCUGUAAAAUUAUCAUGUAAAUGUUCUACCAAUUUGCUGUAUAUUUUUGUUGCCUUUUGCUUUUUUAUUAAUCUGUGCAAUACCUCAUUUAAUCUGUAAAGGUUUGUCAUAAUCCUCAACAAAGCUACUCCCUGUUAAUGUGUGCAAGUUUACACCUGGAUGAUCAUGUACAUGUGAAUACUUUCCAUUCCAUCAAUAAGGGAGUUUAAAUGUAAUAUGUGAGACUGACAAAAACCUUAAUGUAAUUUAGUUAUAAUGCAAGAAGGAAAACACUAUUUUCAUACCCUACUUUUUCUGUAUCUAAAUUUUCUUAUUAAAACCUAGUAUAGCACUAUGUUCUUUAAGUGAUGCAGCUCUUAGUUUAUUUAGCCCCUUCAUUUCAAAUGCAAUGCUAUAUGAAUGUUGAGGCUGGUUUAUACUAUUGCAUGGUUUCAAAUACAUCACAACAUUGCAGUUCAAAUCUUAGCAGUAUGCUUUACAUAACACAAAAGCACUUCAGAAAUGCACAGCUAGUUGUGAAAAUUACCUUGCCCUAACUGUAGCAGUACUGACUGCUAUUGAAUAGCAGGAGUAAUUAAAUUCUUCAAUUAGGGACCUCUAUCUGAAGUUAAACAGGGUGGCUUUACAUUGUCAUAGCAGUAAAGACAACUUUGAAUGCAGAGAAGUUCCAUCUUUUCUUUGGGUUUUUUGGGGAGGGUGGUUUUGGUUUUGGUUUGGGGUUUUUUUUUGUUUGUUUGGGGAUUUGGGGGGUUUUUGGUUGGUUUUUAUUUUUUUUUCUUCCUUCCCAGCUCUUACUUUCAGAAUGAAGACAUCUAAAUUACUGGGGGCUGUACUGGAGGCUGGCAAUCGCUGCAGUUUGAUAUAUUUUUAAAAUCAGUUUUUUUAUGGUUUUCAGACUGAAGGGCUGCAUUUAAGGCUUGCUUCAAUAGUGUUUAAUUACUUCGUAAAAUUUGUAGGACAUUGGUGUACUAAUAAACACAAGUGGUAUUACUUUGCAGUCUUUGCAUUAUGGUACACAACAGAUGCUGAAGCACCAGUCCUACAUUCUUUAGGUUGGAAAGUCAUUAACUCAGAAUUAUACACUUCGAAUAAGUACUGAAUUUUAUGGCAGUAUUCUGUCUUCAUAUGUUGGCUUUAAGACCAAGGGUUGUGAUGAAGAUCAAGAACCUGAUUCACAAGAAUAGUAUUUGAAUAAGUGGACAGAAAAUGGGAUUUUCAUUUCACAGCUUGCACAUUUAUAUGAUGUGUACUUUGUAGUGCAGUAAACAUUGGCACAUCUGUCUAUUACGAAAUACUAAUCUAUGCUACGUGGGUAUUUAAUAUCUGCAGAGUUAAUUACUGUACUUACUGUAAUUUUCAGGUAGAAAAUCUUUUUAAAAACCACGUUAUCUGACACAGAACGUUUAGUUAAGUCAGUCAUAUUUGGAGCGUAGUUAAUGCAUAGUGUCCUGGGUCUUUGACUGUAGUCAGAGUGUCAAAGGAAAUUUAAGUUAUCAGAAUUGUGUUGACUGAAACCCAGUGUUGACCUGAUCUUGACAGGCUGGACCUGCAUGAUACGGCUUGGAUUUCUAACCCAGUUAUAUCCUAGUCUUUAGCAAAUUAAUUUAGUCGUAUGAGAAGAAAAGAAAGUUGCUGAAAAGUAGUGGGAGAGGUAAGGUUGUAGUUAAAUUAUUCAGAGGAUGCUAACUUCCUUCGAAGAGUAAUUUAAGCACAUAACUUGAGGAAAAAAAUUGCCAAGUGGUCUCACUUUCUUGCGGUAACUUUCUCAUCGGCCUCUGCUGCUGGAAACACUUCCUACUAGCUUUGCUGUUGUAAUGGCUUGAGCUUUGUAUCAAGUGCAAGUGCAGCCUGGGAUAGCUAAUGGCAGUGGAGUUAACAACUUGUGUAUAAGGAAAAUAUUUGUAUGGCUUUCAUAUAACUUCUGGCACUGCUCCCUUAUUUUUAUUGCAUAUAGGGCAUUUUAAAAUGAAGCAGAUGAGACCUACAGGUUUUCCUAACAUGCUACUUACUAGGUAUGUUUAGCUUUUAUGUUCCCAGAAUUGGAAUUUCUGUAAUAUAGUUAAUAAUUAAACAUCACAAUUCAUUAAUCCAACUUCUAUUCCAGGUUUUGGGAGCUCUGAAGUUACAUUAUUGAAUAAAACUUUGUUUUGUAGAUACUGACCAAA